GAUAAAAAGAAAUGGUGAUAAAAACGAAAACUUAUAUGGAAGAAUGAGGAACUGAUGCAUGGUGGAAAUCGAUCGAAAGUUUUUUGAAGAGUUUUUACGUGACACUAUGAAACUUUAACCGGAAGAUGAGGAAAUGACAAGCGACAGAUCGAUUAGGAAAUGAUAUGCUUGUGGACGGGGGUCGUGUAAGUUCAUCGUCGUAGCAAGGUCGGAAUGUUCCACAUAAACGGGUCACGAUGAAUACGGACUUACAAGUAAAUCGUUCGCUAGAGAGACUUCAAGACUUCGAGGCGUGGAACGUAACGAAUCCGGAGGAUUGCAACUAUUUCUCCGAAUCGCAGAGCAUAUUUUCAACAAAAUGGUUUCGUAGCAUUAUCUGCUUCCUGUAUAGCACCGUUUUUGUGGUCGCGUUAACUGGAAACGGUCUGGUCUGCUACGUAGUACACAGCAGUCCCCGAAUGAAAACUGUUACGAACUUCUUCAUCGUGAACCUUGCUUUCGGGGAUAUUCUGAUGGCACUCUUCUGUGUACCAACUAGCUCCAUCAGCACCCUGAUACUACAAUAUUGGCCAUUCGGCCCAGAAGUUUGUCUCACCGUAAUUUACUUGCAGGCGGUAUCAGUAUUGGUGAGCGCAUACACACUUGUUGCGAUUAGUAUAGAUCGCUAUAUUGCCAUUAUGUGGCCUCUGAAACCCAGAUUGAGCAAACGUCAAGCUCAAUUUCUGAUUCUAACUGUUUGGAUGCUUGCUAUGAUAAUAUCUCUUCCUAUCGCUAUUGUUUCAAAGCUAUCUCAACCGUCGAAGAAAUAUGAAAGAUGCAAUCAAUACAUUUGCGCGGAAGUUUGGCCGUCGAUGGAGAACAAGUAUUAUUACUCAAUAGCGUUAUUGGUUCUUCAGUACGUGAUACCGAUAACAGUUCUGGUGUUUACAUACACCAGCAUCGCUGUUAUGGUAUGGGGAAAGAGACCUCCAGGAGAAGCCGAAAAUGUCAGAGACCAGAGAAUGGCACGAUCAAAAAGGAAGAUGAUUAAAAUGAUGGUAACGGUCGUAAUAGUGUUCACUAUUUGUUGGCUUCCACUCAAUAUAUUAAACCUACUAAUGGAUAAUAACGAGACUCUGGAAAGUUGGGCUGGACUUCCGUUCGUAUGGAUGGUUCUCCAUUGGCUAGCCAUGUCACACUCCUGUUACAAUCCAGUAAUUUAUUGCUGGAUGAACGCGAGAUUUCGAACUGGUUUCGUAACUGCGAUCGGACGUUUGCCUGGUGCACAUCGAAUGCUUCGUAGAGAGAGACAACGUGAUAACUAUAAUGCUAGUACGAUGGGCAUUCCCUUAACAGGUAUCAAUGAUUCGGGCCAUUCCGUUUUGCGACGUAUGAACACAUGCACAACCUACAUCAGUGUCCGCCGCAAAACAAACGGAAACCAUACUGCACCCGUACGAAGCGCUAGCAUCCGGAAUGACUCGUUUCGACCAGUGAAUCAACCACUACAACGACAACUCGUUUAUCUUGAAUCCCACACAGAAGAACAACUGUAAAAGGACUUUUUAAUCAAAUUACAUGUGAUUCCGUGUUAAAUAAAUAAAUAUGGAAAUAGAAAGUACAAUACAAGAA